AUGGCUAGAUGCUACGACUCCUACGGACGGGCCUACCGUUGUCGGUCAUCAUGGAACAGUUGGGGUAGAUGGGUUGCUCUCGCCGUCAUCCUCGUCGGGGCGUUCCUCUUGUUCUUCCUCCUUGCGUGCAUCAGCGCUCGCCGAAGACGUCGCGCAGGGAGAAGACCUGUCUAUGGCACUAGUUGGGUCGGACAAACACCUUGGGGACAUGGACCGGCGACCUACUCACAGCAACCCAAUCCAGAUAUGCAACCGCCGCCGCAAUACAACCCGACCCCAAAUACCGGAGGCUACUACGGUCAAAAUCAAGGAUACUUUGGUGGAAGACAGACAGAUGUCGAAAUGCAGCCACCUGCGAACGUCUACAGGGGAGGGGAGGACGUCUAUCAACCUCCUCCGGGACCACCUCCAGCAAAGAAAUAA